AUGCAGACAAGUACUGAAGACAUAUUUCAUGUUCCUGCCCUGGAACAAAAGGUUCAGCAUAAAGACAGGCAGGUCAGGACUCCAGGCACUCAGUGUAACCUACAAAGCAGGUGUCCAGCACACUGUAGUUUUGGCAUUCUGAGGCAGAAUCUUUCAGACAACGGUUUUAAUGCUGAAAACACUAACAAAAUUGUGCUCUUACCACAAGUCCUUGAUUCUUCUGUAUCAGCAGGCAAGGCAGCUAAGAAGCUGGUGGCUGUACAGCUUUCAAAGACCCUGCGUUACACUGAACUACAAGUGUUAUCCCAGGAACGGCAAGGACCGGCCCACAGGGCAGUAACGCCCGCUACCCGUCUCCAGCAGCCUUCCCCGCUACACCGCCCCCAGAAACUCGGCGCGACGCGGGGGAAGACUCACGAAGGCCCUGGAACAGGCGAUCGGCAGCCCCCGAACCCGCCGCGGCCCCGGCAGCACAGCCGCUGCGCGGCAGGGCGAGCGCGGCCAAGGCGCGGCUGCGCCCGGAGGCUCCGGCAGGGAAGCCGCGGGCGAGCCGGAGGCAGGGGCGAGGCAGCGGCCACGCUCCGGCAGCAGGGAAAGGGCCCGGCCCAGAGCCGCCACCGGGGAGCGCCGCAGGCCCAGCCUCACCUCGGCGUGCGGAGCGACGGCGGCCGGAGCCCGCUGCGGAACCGUCAUCCUACCGCAUCGAUGCACAGGCGGAGAAGGUCAAGCAACACCUUUUCACAGGGAGGCUGGGUUCAGGGCUGGCGAAGCACCCGGCGACGGCUAAUGUCCUUUGAUAAAUGCCAACAGCAAACACACGGCACAAGACAGAGCCUGAUAUCAAAGCCAGGGCUUUGGAAAGCACAUUCUUACUUUUUGCAUCGAUGCUGCUCUGGAGAAGAAUCGAUGCAAACUAAAGAUUAGAGAAGGAACACAAUCAGCUUUCUCCCUUCCAGCUUUUCCUAAAUGUAUAACCAUAAAAGCAUCCCACCUUCCUGCUCAAUUCAGCAGAGCGUUUCAAACAGCAUGUCAAUACUUUCAAAACUAAGUCAGGGGGAAGAGAUAAGGGAGAUCAUUACAGUCACUUAUUGUGGUCAUCAACUUUUAUCAAGCAUUUCAUUUAUUGAGCAUUUAAUUUGUUGUUCAGCUCUGGCUCAGCCUGCAGUUACCUAACUUUAAGAUCGAACUUUCCAUUAGCAGACAUCCCUAAAGUUGUUGCUUCACUGAUUAAUAAAACCCCACCCU